AUGACAGAUGUUAAAAACACACCGAGGACAGUGAGUUUGUCGAUGGAGGCGUCUCGUGUCUCAAAGUGUCUCCUCUGCUGUGGUUUGCAGAUCGUCUUCUACGAGGACAGGAACUUCCAGGGCCGCUCCUACGAGUGCAGCAGCGACUUUGCCGACAUGUCCUCCUACCUGAGCAGGUGCCACUCCUGCAGGGUGGAGAGGGGCUGCUUCAUGGUCUACGACCGCACCAACUUCAUGGGCAACCAGUACUUCCUGAGGAGGGGCGAGUACUCCGACUACAUGAGCAUGAUGGGCAUGAGCGACUGCAUCAGGUCCUGCCGCAUGAUCCCCAUGUACAGAGGAAACUACAGGAUGAGGAUCUACGAGAGGGAGAACUUCGGAGGCCAGAUGUACGAGCUGAUGGACGACUGCGACAACAUCAUGGACCGUUACCGCAUGUCCAACUGCAUGUCCUGCAACGUGAUGGACGGACACUGGCUGAUGUACGAGCAGCCCCACUACAGAGGCAGGAUGAUGUACAUGAGGCCCGGAGAGUACAGGAGCUUCAUGAACAUGGGCAUGGGCAGCAUGAGGUUCAUGAGCAUGAGGCGCAUCAUGGACUCCUGCUACUAG